AUGAGGAUAAGGGAACCUAAACAGUGCGGUUGGCAGAGGCAAACAGCCAGGUUGAGAGGCAAGAGGAACUCCGUACGACAGAAGAAGAAAGAACCGCCAGUUAAAAAGCAAAGAAGAAGAAAGAGAGGCUGGCGGAUGGGGCGAGGCUCCAUCAGGAACAAAAGGGACACCGACCCGAAAAGCGCGAAUCCCGGACAAAGGAAAGACGUCGAUGUCAGGUUCGAGCGCCAGCAGAAGCGGAAGUGGAAUGACCUCAGGAAGAAAAGGCAAAAGCGGACUGGGACUCCAGUGGACAGGCGGGCAAGGCCCACCACGCGAGCGGGGCGGGAGGGCGAGGCCCACCACACAUCUGGGACGGCGGGCGGGGCCCGCCAAAGUGUCCCGGGAUGGGCGGCCGAGGCCCGCCACGUGUCCUGGGACGGGCGGCCAAGGGCCCCGCCACGUCCCGGGACGGGCGGCCGAGGCCCGCCACGCGUCUUGGGACGGGCGAGCAAGGCCCGCCACAUGUACAGGGACAGGCGGGCAGAGCCCGCCACAUGUCCGGAGACAGGCCAGAGAGCCGGCCACGUGUCUCGGGACGGGCAGGCAUGGCCCACGACGUGUCCCAGGACGGGAGGACGAGGCCCGCCAAGUGUCCCGGGACGAGCAGGCAUGGCCCGCCACGUGUCCCGGGACAUUUGA